UUUUGCAUUUUGACCUUUAUCUUUCUAGACUUCCUUCAAUGGAAAUUAACUUUCGCUCCCUUUCUUCUUCUUCUUGCAUUCUCUCCUGUUAUCUCCGAACAGUUUGGUGCAGUUACCAUCUCAAAAUCUCAGAACAAGCAAGCUGUGCUUUUCUUAUUUCUUUUUUUUCCCCCAAUUUUUAAAUUUUUUUUUUUGGUUUUGAAUUUAGUUUAAGAUUUGUUUAAUCGAAUUCUUAUAUGAUUCUUGCAAAGUUGAACGAUUGCUUGACCAGUUCUUUCCUUUUUUUUUUGGUUUUAAAUAUGUUUGGUUGGCGAGAAAAUGGAAAAGUCAAAGAUAUUUGAAUGUCAAAUAGCUUUUUUCUUGAGCAGCUAUGCAAUGCAAUGUUAGUAUGACUCAGCCUGAUAUGGAAUUCAUUUAUUAAUUUUAAUAACCAUUGAGGUUCUCGUUUGAAAAUUUCAUUAUUUCUUUUUCUUACUAAUCACAUUGAUUUUCUUGUUCAUUGAAUUUUCGUAAUUACACCCUCAAUUUCUAGAAGUUAUAUUUUCAACAAUUACCACUUUCUAGAAUAUAAAUUUAAAUUUUUUCUUUCUUUUGAGUUAAGCCCUGUAAAUUCGAGUCUUGAUUUAUUGUUAAAAAUUUGGAAUUAUAAAGUAUUUUCAAAAUGAGCUUGUUUUUAGGUUACUCCAAAGCUUUACUUAUUAGCAAAUCAAGAUUUCCGGAAAAAUUGAUUUGUCCCCUUUUUCUAAUUUAGUCCUUCUUUUCCUAUAUAUACCCCAGUUCCUAAUCUCCAUUGAUAAUUUUUCUGAUAAUUCUCUUCGAAAUCCAGUUUCUGAUGGAUUGGAUUGAAGCAUGUGUGGCGGUCUAGAGCAGUUAAAUAUGAAGACUACUGCUCCAUCCUCGUCUCUGGAAACCAAAACAAUGGAUUGUCUAACUGGAGCGGUAGGUAGUGAAUGUUCGUUCUCUGUCUUGCUUGAGUUUGCUGCUGAUAAUGAUGUUGAGGGAUUUCAGAGAUCUAUAAGGGAUGUUUCUUUGGUUGGUGAGGUUGGACUUUGGUAUGGUCGACGUAAGUGUACGAAACAAAUAGUGGUGGAGCGUAGAACUCCGUUAAUGAUUGCUGCUAAAUAUGGUAGUGUUGAUGUUGUGAACUUAAUUCUUUCUUUACCAGAGGUAGAAGUGAAUCUCUCGUGUGGCCCAGAUAAGAGCACUGCUCUUCACUGUGCUGCUUCUGGUGGAUCUAUUAGAGCUGUUGAGGUGGUCAAGUUGCUUUUACUUGCUGGUGCUGAUCCUUGUCUUACUGAUGCCAAUGGACAUCGCCCCUUCGAUGUUAUUGUUUCUCCUUGGAAUAUGCCCCAGAUGAAAGUAGCCCUUGAAGAGCUCUUAAAUAAUGCCGCUUCUGUUUGUCUUGAGAAUUUGCAUGAGUUGACUGUUAGUUUGAGAUCUAGUUCAUCGUCCCUCUCAACUUCUCUGGGUAGUGGUUCCUCAUCCCUUGUAUCAGAUGCAAAGAUAUCUUUAGUUACAUGUAAGCCUGCUGAUAACAAUAUUUCUUCUGCUCCAGACAGGAAGGAGUAUCCUGUUGAUCCAUCUAUUCCUGAUAUUAAGAGCAGCAUUUACGGCACUGAUGAGUUUCGUAUGUUCUCAUUUAAGAUCCGACCUUGUUCCCGAGCUUAUUCCCAUGAUUGGACAGAGUGUCCUUUUGUUCAUCCAGGUGAAAAUGCUCGAAGAAGAGACCCAAGAAAGUUUCAUUAUAGUGGCGUGCCAUGUCCUGAUUUUCGUAAAGGGACCUGUAAGCGUGGAGAUUUAUGUGAAUAUGCUCAUGGUGUUUUCGAAUCCUGGCUGCACCCUGCCCAGUACAGAACUCGGCUCUGCAAAGAUGGGACAACUUGCAAUCGUCGUGUCUGCUUCUUUGCCCAUAGACCUGAGGAACUGCGACCACUUUAUGUGUCCUCUGGAAUGUGUAUUCAGUCUCCUCAAUCCGCUGCCUCUGCUGUGACUACAAUGGAUAGGGCUGCAGCCAUGAACCUUUUGCCUGGUUCUCCCUCAGCGUUGUGUGCAAUGUCAAUGUCUCCAUUUUCUCCAGCCAUGUCACCUUCUGCAAAUGGUAUUUGUCAGUCACCCGUAGGUUGGCCUCAACAACAUGUGCCAACUUUGCAUCUGCCUGGCAGCAAUAUUCAAGCAAGCCGUUUGAAGUCUUCUUUCAAUGCAAGAGACAUGCCUGCAAUGGAGCUUAAUAUGUCACCGAAUUUUGAUUUGCAUCAGCAACAGCAUCUUAAUAGUUUGUCCUGUCUUUCACAACCACACUUGGUUACUAAGUCUGCAAAUUUAGAUGGGCUUUUUUUGACUGAGUUCUCUUCUCCUCAAUAUCCUGAUCAAGUGACUGCUAUGCCUAUGUUAUCUUCUGCGCAUAAAUCUGUGCUUCUGAAUCAGCUACACCAACAGCAAAGGGUGUUAUCUCCAAUCAAAACAAACAUCUUCUCUCCAAAGAAUGAUCACCCUCUUUCGCAGUCUGCAUUUGAUGCUUCCUUGUCAGAAAGAUUUUCACCUUGGCACGUGGAGCCUUUAUCCCCAUUGAACUCUCGGUUUUCUGCUCAUACUAAUCUUGAGAAGCAGUUUCGCGGCCUAAGCUCACAGGAACUUGAAUAUAAGCUCUCAGAUGAUUUAGAAUCAAAAGGUACUGUUGGUUCCCCUGUAAAUUCUUGGUCAAAACGGGAGACCCCCAAUGAUAAAGUAGAUUGGUCAGUUCAAGAAGAUGAAUUAGGUCAGUUUUGUAAAUCAUGUUCUCUUGGACAUCAUGAUAUGGAACCUGCAGUUUCGUGGGUUCAAUCACUGGUGAAGGAAUCUCCAUCUGCUUUGGCCACAGCUGCAGCCUCAAGCCAGACGCUUUCUGUUGAGGGCUCUAACUCCCAUAGUGAUUUCGGUGAUCACGCAACUUUUGGAGCAUGGCAUGAGCUCUUGAAGCUUGAUAAGAUUAUGGCUUAGUGAAAACAUUAUUGUUUUUGCCAAGCUGGUUUAUUAAAACUGAAUUGUUUAUUAUUUGGUUGGUUGGUGAUAUGGGAAUUAACAAGAUAGAGGAAGACAAUGUACAGAGAAAGGAAUAGGUAUUAUCCCCAUUUAUUUAUUGCCAUCACAGAACAAGUCAAGAAGGGAUGAGAAUACCAGCCCUGGGUCAGGAAAUUUUCUCACUGCAAUUUUCCUUCAAAUUCUUUGUUUGUAGAAUAAGUUACAUGUUCCAUUGACAUGUUGCCAUCCUAUUGUUUUAUUAUUAUUUGAAUCUAUUGUUUCUGCAUAUGAAUUUGCAAUGGAAUUCAACAGGUUGAAGAUUUCUUUUUCAAUAGUAUGUUGUCAAUUUGUUGGGUCC